GUUCCCCUCGUUGAGCGGGUGAGGUGGUGUGGUGGGGGUGGCGGGAGGUAGGGGUAAACUUUCUUCGCGGUAUAAAUCGGCGGCGCCGCGACCCGCCGCGACCAGAAGAACCUCCCGGCGAGGAAGAUGGAGACCCCGAUGGUGCUGGUGGUGCUAGUGGUGCUGGCGGUGAUGGGCUCCGGCCUCGCCGACAACAAGUACACCACCAAGUACGACAACGUGGACCUGGACGAGAUCCUCAACAGCAACCGCCUGCUCACCUUCUACGUGGACUGCCUGCUGGGCAAGACCAACCGCUGCUCGCCCGACGCCAAGGAGCUCAAAGCCAACCUGCCCGACGCGCUGCUGUCCGAGUGCUCCAAGUGCAGCGAGAAGCAGAAGGCCGGCGCCGAGAAGGUCAUCAACUUCCUGAUCGAGAAGAAGCCGGAGCUGUGGCGCCAGCUCGAGGCCAAGUUCGACCCGCAGGGGACGUACCACGCCAAGUACAGGAGCCGCCUGACCACCGCGCGCCCCUAGCGGCCGGGCGGGGAAACACGAGCCGGCCGGAGAAACACGAGCGGGCCGGCCGGAGAAACACGAGCAGUCCAGCCCAACUCCCCCCCCCCCCCCCCCUCAGCCGACCAGCCAGCCGCCUGCGAGGUGUAACCGCCGCAGACGACAAGCCCAAAGAUGCGGUAGCCUACAACUCGCGUAGUUUCGGUUCCCUACCACGUUCGUGCAAACUUCGGAUUUCUCUCAAAAAAUUGAAAUUUAAAAAAAUAUAUAUAUCGAAGGGUUAGGUUAGGUUAGGUCAGUCACAACAUGAUUGAACUUCUGAUUUAGCGUCUGAAGUGGCGUUAAUACCAAAACGCAAAAACUUCGGAAAUCUUGGGAAAUUCUUGCAGGGAACCGAAACUACGUGAGUUGUAGGCUUCCCCUAAAGAUGUCCAUCAAGUUCUGUCCCUGCCCGAACACGGGGCCCGUAUAUUCACCUUCCGGCCAACCCUCGCGAUUUUAUUUUUAUUUUUUGCGCAGGAAAAAAAACGAAUUCAAAUAUUAAAAGCGGUCGGUUAGGUUAGCUACAUUGAAACACUUUAAAACACCAUGGACGGUUAGUUUAGGUUAGCAUAGCUACAUUAAAAAUAAACAGAGAAAUAUAAAUAUACAUAUAUAUAAACCCGAGGUUGGCCGAAGGUGAAUAUUCAUUCGGAAGUGUUCGGGCAGGGACACAACUUGAUGUACAUCUUAGGCUUCCCGCCGCAGACACUCCAGUGACUUCUCGCGCAGUUGCAGAGUACUACGUGGCACCUUCGGGAGCUCACAAAAAUCCCACAUCUUUCACGGGACCAGUUUUCAAGAAUUUUUUCAAAGAGAGCUUAAACUUAUAAUUUUUUUUCUCGAUUAUUUUACACCCAAAAACAUGUGAAUUUCGUACAUAUCACAGGACUUAACAGCUGAACGCCACUAGAAAUAACGUCAACUUACGGUCAAGUUUGCAGUUAAGGGCUCCGCCUACCCGGGCACACACACGGUGCGCAGAGCUUCAGGAAAAACAACGCGAUAUCAAAACUGCUCAAGUUAUCCGAGUAGGGGUCUGUUUGCGAAAAGCAUUUAAGAGUUCUCUGAGGGCCGGAAAGUACUUUUGAUUUCGGAUUAUGUUUUUAAACCGUAUUUUUAUAAGAGUUAAAAUGGCUGAAACGCAUGUUUUCAGAGUAUAUUUGAGGCCUAAAACAACCGGUGGAGAUUCUUGAAAGCACUUAAGGGACUUGCGUUACACCUUUGUCUUCAUUCCUCGGCCAUAUAAUGUUACGGUCACCGCUCAGAUCUCACAGUUGUCCUGUGCACUGGGAGAAGACUGCGCGCCAGUCCAGAGGAGACACCGCGCUAGAAGCACCAGCGAGCGUCGCGCUUAUCAUCCCGCCUCACUAACACACACACACACCUGGCGAGACGGGCCCCUUAAAAGUGAAUUUUUUUUCCAAAAGUGAAUAUAGUGUCUUUUACCUCAGAGGUAGAUAAUCCUACAAAUUCAUAUUCUCGGAUACAAAACCUGAAUAUUUCCCAUGAAACUUUUGAUUAAAUAAAUGUUUAACGUGCGAAUUUAAGUAUUUUAAGCAUUACUAUACUCUUGAGAAUUUAAUUUACGCUUGCUGAAAUUAAAUAACGUCAUUUUACCAGUCUUAUAUGUUUUACUGUUUGUUUCUGUAGCCAACGAGAAACUGGCAAACGUACGGAAUUCAGUUUGAAAUCUUGCUCUAAGCUAAAGGUUUGAUGUUGCAAAAUAGUUUUAUUCCUCAAGAAUAGAAUAAUCUGUUCGAGAAUUUUUUUUUUCAACCUUGAAAAUUUGCCAGCACUGGUGGUUCACGUCACAAACGCUUACUAAACAUUGGUUCAGACCACAUGUGAACUCAACGGUUUUCAUGCAUUUUUAUGAUUGUUUUAAUAUUAUGUGACAAGAGUGACAUGUCUGAUGCCACCGACUUGUUGACUUUUUGCUUAACAGAUGUAAAUAGUUUCUAUUGGCUGGUUCAAAUAAAGCGUUUGUUACUUUU